UAGAGGAUUGUGUAUCUUUAUUGUACCAAUACACAGAAACCAGAACAGAAAACGAAGGGAAGUGAGCAGUGUGACUAUCUCUGGGUAAUAGUGGCACAUGAACAAGUCUAGGUGGUGCAAUACCAAUCCCAGCCGUCAAGAUACCCAGAAGUCCAGGUAACCAACAAACCAGCAAAUGCACCACGCAGUCCUCUAUUUGACUCCUCCAGGCCACUGCCUUCUCCCUCUGGGCUACUAUAGUUAUACCCUUCAAAGUCCUCAGAAUUCAACUAACUCCAGCUUGGCAAAAACUAUACCCCUUCUUGAGGCAAUUAUCAGCUGUGGACAAAUUAAAAUCCCAUACUUGGGGGGCGUGUUUCCAGGCGGCUCGAGCAGCUGGAGGCCAGAGGGCCGGCCUUACUGCCGACAUGGAUAGUCUGUAUCGGGUCCCUUUCUUAGUGCUCGAAUGCCCCAUCUUGAAGCUGAAGAAGCCGCCUUGGGUGCACAUGCUGCCUGCCAUGAUGGUGUACGCCUUGGUGGUAAUAAUCUAUGAUGUUAUCGUUGAACCUCCAAGUGUUGGCUCAAUGACAGAUGAACAUGGGCAUCAGAAACCAGUAGCUUUCUUGGCUUACAGAGUAAAUGGACAGUAUAUUAUGGAAGGAUUUGCAUCUAGCUUUUUGUUUACAAUGGGAGGCUUAGGUUUCAUAAUCCUGGACCAUUCCAAUGCACCAAAUAUUCCAAAACCCAAUAGCUUUCUUCUUUUCAUUGGCUUCGUCUGUGUCCUACUGAGUUUCUUUAUGGCUGGAGUAUUCCUGAGAAUGAAAUUACUGGGCUACCUGAUAGGCUAGUGUGUCUUGAGGAGAAAUCAGUGGAUCCCGGUCUGCUCCCAUUAAUAAAGCUUUGAAGGAUGAAACCACUCCCGUGUGCAAUGUGGAAAAGAAUGAAAAGCAGCAUAAAAGCAGCAUUGAGUAACACCCUAGCAAGCAUAUGAAAGCUAGGACUGGAAUUCCUGGUAUCAGAGACAUGUUCAUUACAGUAUUUUUUCUGAUGAUCUAUUCCAGUCACCAGCUAUGUCAAGUGGCAUUUUCUUUUUAGUUUUUUAUUUCUUAAGGAAAACAUUUCUCCACUUCUAAAACUUUGGUAUUGAAUAAAGUGA